UCCGUCAGUAUUUUUCUGUCGCUUCGCUCGUUCGGUUGUGUUAUUUUAUUUUGUGAAUAUUUUGUGAGAUCAUUGUUAUUUGUGUUUAUUAUCUAAUGUAAUUAAGUGUCAGACUUAAAAAUACAAAAUGCCUGUGUUUCACACGAAGAUAAUCGAGAGUAUUUUGGAGCCAGUUGCUCAACAGGUAUCCCGGCUUGUGAUCCUUCACGAGGAAGCAGAAGAUGGCAACGCGAUGCCAGACCUGGCGAGGCCGGUGCAAGCCGUGUCGCUCGCCGUCAACAACCUCGUCAAAGUUGGACACGAGACCAUCGAGUCUUCAGAAGACGCGGUCCUCAGACAUGACAUGCCCGGCGCCCUGCACCGCGUGGAGACUGCCGCCACGCUGCUGCAGCAGGCCUCCGAUAUGCUGAGAGCUGAUCCUUAUUCGGGACCUGCUAGGAAGAAGCUGAUUGAAGGCUCCCGUGGCAUCUUGCAAGGAACGUCGGCGUUAUUGCUGUGCUUCGAUGAAUCUGAAGUCCGGAAGAUCGUUAAAGAGUGCAAAAAGGUGCUGGACUACCUGGGCGUGGCGGAGGUGAUAGACACCAUGGAGGACCUGGUGCAGUUCCUCAGGGACAUCUCGCCCGCACUCUCCAGGGCGGCUAGGGAGGUGGCAGCCCGCGCCGCGGAGCUGACCCACCCGCCCCACGCGGAGACGCUGAACCGCUGCCUCGACAGCGUCAAGCAGCUCGCGCCCGUGCUCAUCUGCUCCAUGAAGAUCUACAUACAUAUACUCACUGAAGGUGGCAAAGGUAUGGAGGAAGCGGCUGAGAACAGAAAUUACUUGGCUCAAAGAAUGGCUGAUGAAAUACAUGAAAUUAUUCGGGUCCUCCAGUUGACAUCGUACGUGGAGGACGGCGGCGAGAAGGACAACGUGACCGUCCUGAAGGCGCUGCAGCAACAGAUCCACGCCAAGAUGGCCGCCGCGCACGAGUUCCUCAACGACCCCACGGCCCCCCGCACGGGCCCGGGCGAGCGCGCGCUGCGCGGGGUGCUGACGUCCGCGCAGCGCGCCGCCGAGCAUCUCGCGCCGCAACCCGCCGACCUCACCAGGCGACUCGUGCGAUCGGGUGGUAUCAACGCCGACCAACUUUGCGACGAGCGUCAAUAUGGACACGGCAGGGAAGCCAAGGCACUGAACCUAGCUUCAGACCUUCGCCACCAGAUCAACGAGCUGGACGCCAUCGUCAACGAGGGGGUCAGGGCUGCUGAGAAACAAGGGGGGAAGACCAUGCAGGCUAGGUUGGAGACGGCCCACAAGUGGUUGCUCCACCCUGCCGCGGACCCGCAAACCAGGGUGGAGGGCCAAAAGGCUAUCAACAGCAUCGUGUCGCAGGGGCAGAGGAUCGCUGACGGCCUCCAAGGCAGGGAGAAGGCGGAAGUCCUCCAGUUGUGCUCGGAGGUACAGCGACUGUCCGACAAGUUGGCCGACCUCUGCGCCAGCGGGAAGGGGGACAGCGAGGAGGCCCGGGCUAUCACUCGAGAGCUGACGGACAAGCUGCACGAGCUGAAGCGCGCCACGGAGCGCGCCGUCGUCAACCGCGUGGUGGAGGACUUCAUCGACGUCGCCGCGCCGCUGCGACACUUCACCGACGCCGUCAACGCGCCGCCCGGCACUCCAGGGCGCGAGUCGACGUUCCACGACAAGGCGGCGGGGCUGGCGGCCUUCAGCGCGCGCGCAGCCGCCGCGGCCGGGGUCGUCGCCGCCGGCGUCGGACACAACAAGAGGCUCGCCGACCAACUCAUACAUAACGCUCAGCAGGUUGAAAAGCUAUCACCUCAACUCAUUGCAGCAGGCAAGAUCAGACUCUAUAACCCAGACAGUAAGGUGGCAGAGGAACAUUUCAACAACUUGAAGAAUCAGUACGCGGACGCCGUACUCCGCGUGAGGGACCUUUGUGACCAGGCUGUGGAUCCCCUGGACUUCGUCAGGACUGCUGGUGAGCUGAUGCAGAAGCACACGUACCUGUGUGAAGACGCGAUACGUAACAACGACUCGCAGAAAAUGGUCGACAAUACUUCAGCCAUCGCCAGGCUGGCCAACCGAGUGCUGCUAGUGGGCGGGGCGGAGCGCGACAACACGGAGGACGCGCAGUUCGCGCGGUCGCUGGCGGGGGCCCAGCAGCGCCUGCAGGCCGCCAUCCCGCCCGCCGUGCACUCCGCCAAGGCAGUCGCGCUCGGGGACAAGGCGCAGGCGCCCCACUGGAGGGCCGCCAACGCUGAGAUAAUAAACGCAGCCGGAGAAGUGGAGUCAGCUCUAUCGGGCCACUACGCCCCGGCGCCGCCCCCGCCGGCCCUGCCCGAGGCACUGUCCCGGCUGCACGUGUCCGACGUGGCGGCCCCGCCCCGUCCCCCGCCCCCCACCGGCGCCGCGCCCCCACCGCGUCCCCCGCCCCCAGCUGACACUGACGAUGAGGGAGAGGAUAUCUUCAGGAGGCAGCCUCAUCCUAGCCAGCCUAUUUUGGUGGCGGCCCACAACCUGCACAAGGCGGUGCGCGAGUGGUCGUCCAAGGACAACGAGAUCAUCGCGGCCGCCAAGCGCAUGGCCAUCCUCAUGGCGCGCCUCUCCGAGCUCGUGCGCUCCGACUCCAAGGGUAGCAAACGUGAGCUCAUUGCGACGGCGAAGGCGAUCGCUGAAGCUUCCGAGGAAGUCACCAGGCUUGCCAAGAAACUGGCUCUCGAGUGUACUGACAAGAGGAUUCGUACUAACUUGCUACAAGUAUGCGAGCGUAUCCCGACGAUUGGCACACAGCUGAAGAUUCUAUCCACCGUCAAGGCGACCAUGCUUGGCGCUCAAGGUAGCGAAGAGGACCAGGAGGCGACGGAGAUGCUGGUCGGCAACGCUCAGAACUUGAUGCAGAGCGUAAAGGAAACAGUGAAGGCGGCAGAGGGCGCCUCCAUCAAGAUCCGCACGGAGCAAGGUGGAUACAGACUGCGUUGGGUGCGACGCUCGCCGUGGUACCAGAUCUAAACUCCUGCAACCCUGACAAUAACAUCUGUAGAAUGUGGAGUUGAGGUUUUAAAACUAUAUUGAUGAUACUUGAUUUGUUUACCAAUCUUUUAACCGCCGCGAGUAAAGCCAGCGCCAAGCGUAUCAUUGGUGAUGGGAAACAUCAAUCAUACUUUAAAUAAAACAUUUUUUUAUAUAAACCUAUAGUCGUAUAUACGUCUGCGGUGGUUAAGUCACAAAAUUUCGUGGUCGGAUUUAUCCGACUCUGGCGGUUAAAAUGUUAAAUACCUAUGUGUAUAGGUAUUUAGUUACGUAAUAAAGUAACAUCUAUAAUAUCUGGAGUCAAGGUCCCCCCACUCUAUAUGUAUAGUACUUAGUAAACAUCUAUUGUAGGUGGGUGAUUUUUCAAAAAACCUUAACUUUUGUUUAACAAAUCAUUAUUCUUCCACGUUAUUAGGCAUCGUGGUAGCUUUAUAUCAUCCUUAUUUUUAUUGGAUUAGUUGAGAGCAGUGUCACAGCUUCAUUUAUUGAAACCUAAUUUUGUGUUUCAAUCGGCAGACUUGUUAACUGUUAACCAACAGUUAAGCUUGCAAGCUUGCAGUUAACGGCGUCAUUACCUUUUUUUUUAAAGUCAUCCAGGUACUUCGGUUAAAGAAAGUUCCGUUAUUUACUGGCGCCCAAUGUGGGACAGGAACGCAGUGAAAAUAAUCUCAGAAGGCAAAUAUGUUCGGGGAAUAAUACAUUAAACAUUUUAUAAUAUUGUCAUUGACAUUUUAAGCCUUUUUUUGGACAUCUGAGAGAAAAUAAUCUUAAAUUGAAAUCAUAUUAAGUCUUUGACUGCCAAUAGAAAACUGUUGAAGGCAAAUCCUCCGCUAACGGGGCCCACAUGGUGCUCCCAUGGCGUUUGACGUGUUAAAGUUAAAAACAACAUAAUUAUAUAAACUUCCAUUUUACUUUCCCAUCUCCUAAUAUUAAAUACAGUUUGUUAAAUGCGCACACGCAUACGUAAUUGUUACAUAUUACAACUAUAAGUACAUGAGAGAUUUAUCAUUAUAGUUUUAUUAAAAUAAAGUAUAGUUUCAUGUUUUAAUAAUUAUUAAUAUUAACCUCCUUGGUUUAGUGGUUGCAAGCUUGACUACUGACUAUAAAGUCGUUGGUUCUAUUCCAGAUUCAAAUAGAUGCAAUCAUGUUAUUGAAUGUAGAAUCGUGUCCAGUAAUAAAAAGCAAAAAAUAAAGUGUUAAUCUCUGUCUACCCCCUUUUGGGGUACGCGUGAUGUAAUAUUGUAAUGUUAAGCUUUAUAUACAAAAAAAUAUGUAACUUGGGCAGCUUCAUGACUAUGUUUUAUCAUAAACACCUCAACGUAAAUGAAUAUUCAUAAAAGUUAUAUAAAAGUACAAUUUAGAUGAAAAUCGUACAAUGUUUAAUAAGUAUUGUUACAGUACAUUUUUAAUAAUUAUAACACUUAUAACCAUAGAUCGGAGUACAUGAGUACACAUGUUUCAAAAAACGAGAUUAUUUUUUACAACUUUUUAAUUUUAUGAACAACGAAUUGUUUUAUUUAGAAAUAGAUAUAUAUCCGCCGUACUCAGAGACAUUUAAUGGUUCCUUAACCCAGUCCUUAGCAAUUGUUUUCGAUACAAAAUCGUUACUAAGUUAGCGGCAUUAUGUGCACCUCUGCCUACCCUUUCGGGGAUAAAAGGCGUGAAGUUGAAUAUAUAAAUAUAUAAUGUAAUCGUUACUAAGGAAUAAUAUUAAGUAAUUAUUAAAUGUGUCUGAAUGCGGCAGUAAAUAUGAAAGAUAAAGAAAAGUGAUAGAAAAUGUGUGAUUCUGAAUGUAAGUGCCAUCUCCGUGCUUUACUAAGUAGGGUAGGUCCUCACGCCUUUUCAAAUAUAUCCUAUUAUAUACAUACAAUACGUAGAUACUAUAUUAUAUACUUAUAUGUAUAAGAGCAAUAUAUAGCAGUGAUUGUUAAUUGAUAUAAUUGGUGAAAUGUGGGUGUGAUAUUCAUUGUAUAAUAUUCAAUAAUAUGAAUACUAAUCUUUGUAUUUUAAUGUGUUAUAAUGUGUACGAUUUCAUUGGCAAAAUAUGACUACAGAAGUUACUGAACUGUUAUCUCAAUAGAUCAGCGAUUAUAAACCUCUACUAUGAGUUCGAAGCAAUAGUAUUUGUCGUAAAUCGUUUUUGUAUGUCAAAUUUUAUCAGCGCCUCUAUCGGUCACCUGUGGAACUAAAAACCAUACAAAAAAAAACUACGUCGUCAUUGACAAAUACUAUUGCUUCUAACUCUGGUAGAGGUACAGGUAUAUAAGAAACAAUGCCAAUGAAUUCACAAUGUAUUUAAAUAUAUUAUUAUGUAUAUACACUUUCAUAUAAUACAUGGCUAUAGUAGGUGCUCUUUCUAAUGUAUUAGGGUUUGUCUAGAGGCCUACUUAUAUAGUAUUUGAACAUAGUGGCCUUAGUAACGCGGUUAUUUUUACAUAACUACAGUAUAUAGGUAGCUAACGCUGUUUUCACAAAGUAAUAUGUUAUUCUGAUAUGUAGGUAAUCAUGAUGAGAUUUUUAAAGGUCUAUAUCAAACGGUAUUUUACUGUACUUUUGUCGAUCUUUAUUGCUGAAAAGCUAUCGACUGUAGGCCCAAUUGGCACAGUAGCUAAACGAUUGGAUUCUACGCCACAUGUCAAGCGAAUUCCAUUUUUGAACACUUUUAAUCCGUUGCAUGUGGGAACGAAGAACUACGUGAAAUAUAAUAUGUUUUUUUAGUGUCUUAUAUACCUAAGUCUAACCUUAUACUCAAGACAAUCUAGUACUUUCAAAAUAUCUUGUGUUUACUUCUUCAAAAAUAACAAAAUAUCAAAAGGCCUUUAAAAAUUGUGAAAAUGGCUUCAAGUUAGCACUUAUUUUCGUGUUGUGGAUUAUUCUAGAAAUAUAAAACAUAUAUAUUAUCAUAUAAGCGUAGGACCGUGGAGCGAGAGCAAUAUUUUUGUAUGUUGGGAGUGUGCUACUAAUCUUAUAUAGUAUUUACCUACAAAAGCGCCGUUUGUAAAGGUAAUUUUACGGCAAAAACGGCAUUUUUGUAGGUAAAAGAUGUUUAAGUAAGGUCAAAGUAACAUAAGUUAAUAAUAUUUGUAAAUAACUUUAGUAGGGAGCGUUGUAUGUAGUAUAUAGGUUGAGUACUCGAUAGACUUGUUGCAAGAAAACCGAAAAUAUAAAUUUAAUAUCUACUCGAUUCAGUCGUAUUUUUAUAAAAAGCAAAAAAAAAUGCCUUUUCGAUUUAGUCGUCUUGGAAAAAGGCAAGUUCUAUUUUAGAUUGCCUUGUUCGUUAUGUGGUUACAAGUGCUACUGCCGAGUCCUGGGUUCAAUUCCCAAAUCAGGCUUAAAAAUUAUAAGGGCUUUUUUGAUUAUUUUUUGGUUAUAUCACUGAAUUUGGAGUAGUGACCAGUCUAUAGUCAUAUGUUGACUUUCUGUUGCCCUAUUAUUCAUGUUUAAAAUGUAUUUAUAACCGGCAAGUCUAUCGUUUACUUUAAAAUUAGUCGUAUUAACGUUUGCGUGCUUAUUUUAUUUUAUAUCUAAACGUAAGUCUUGUACACUUUACAUACAUUUUUUGUUUUAAUAUUUUAUUUAUUCUAAUAAAGAUUUUUUUUAUUUA